GGAAGAGAAGGAGAAGGAAGCAGAGAGAGAAGGAGAAGAGAAGAAGGGAGAGCGAGAGAAGAGAGGGAGAGGGGAAAAGAGAGAGGAGGAAAAGAGCAAGGGAGAAAAAUAGAGGGAAAGCAAGUAAGACGAAAGAGAGAACAGGAAAAUAGGAUUAAAAGACACGAAAGAA